AUGAAUAAAGCAGAGAUUCGAAAGCCACUUUCAUUUAGAAAUGCCAGUCAAUUACUCGAUACCUCGGAGGAUAAAGUGGUCAAUGAAACACCGUUGGAUAAUGCGCAUGAAGGAUCGGACCGCACUCUUCUUUCAGCAACAGGAACAGACCAAACAACUCUUGAUUCUUCUUUUGAGUCAUCACUAUCUUCAUCAGACCAAAUUUCUGAUGAAUUGCUUCUCGCAGAGCAAAUACGAAGAGAGAAGGAAAGGAACGAACCCUAUCAAAUGUUCUUCUAUUACCCAAAAUAUUUGCAUCCGGAAGCUGUUGCUUUAAUUGCUCAAAAUUUACUUAACGAAUGGGAAGAAGAAGAAAACAAAUUAUCUGCUACAAAAAGUAAUCAACAAAUUAAAUAA